AUGUCCAAACCAUUCCGUCUCGGCAUCUUGGGCAACAUCCAGCCCUACAUCCAGAUCCUCCCAUCGCUACGAGCCUACUUCAACCCCAUCGCCAUCUACAAUCCAGACACAACACCGGCGCAAUGUCAAAUCCCCAGCGCAUCCAUCGAAGAGAUCCUCAAAAACCCCGAGAUUGAUCUCAUCCUCAAUCUCCUUCCAAACCAUGAGACCCACACCCUGACAGCCCUCCAAUCCGGCAAGCACGUCAUGGUCGAAGUCCCACUAUCAAUGAGCAUCCCAAGCCUACGGCGCAUGCGCGACGCAAUUCAAAAAGGCAAAGAGCACAACCCCACCGGCCCCAAAGUCUUCAUAGGCUGUGCCCGCCACCACGCGCCCGCCUUCCAACUCUUCCAGUCCGAGCUCGCAGCCCUAGAUAGAAUCUACUACGCGCGCUGUCGCAACAUCGCCGGGCCCUCGACCCCGGCUUUCGAUCUCGACUCUUCCACCCUCGUCGAUAUCUUCGGUGAUGAUAUUACUCUGGAUCGUAUCGCCUUCGUUCGAUACCUGGGCACAUUGGGGUGUCAUGAUCUAACAGUGAUGCGGAAGGCAUUAGGGUUCCCGGAUGCGGUCUCGAACGUGGCAAUUACGAACCCGUUCUACUCGGCUGUUUUUCAUUAUACGGAUGGAAAGGGUCAUCCCUUUACGCUGCUUUAUGAAGCGGGUGUGGAUGGUGUGCCGCGGAGUGAUGCCCAUCUGAUGGUUUAUGGUGCCGAGAAGACGGUCAGUCUCCAGUAUGAUUUCCCGAGGGCUGGGGAUGGAACGGGCAGUUUUGUGACGGUUGUGGUGGAAGAGGGUGGGGAUGCAGGUGGUGUGAAGCGGACUGAGAUGGUUAGUUCGUGCGCGGAGGCUUAUGAGCGCGAAUUGAUGGCUUUGUAUGAGCAUCUUUCCGGGGCUGAGACGGGUGAGGAAGCGGUGGUGGAUUUGAGGCUUCUGUUGAUGAUCUUUGAGCAUUACAAUCGGCAGUGCGGAACUAACAGGACACCGCUGGGGUGA